UUCACACAGCUGAGCCAUGGCAAACAGCACAGCAGCAGGCAUGCCCAGGAACUGGAUAUUGCACAAGGCACAAACCAUGCAAAGACAGACAACCCUGCCUCGUUCCCGAUGGAAGGUUUUGCCCAUGUAGCACCUUCCAGCUUUUCUUCUUCUUGGUGGUACAAUCACAGUUCUCAUCUGGCUGCUGAUCAACUAGUUAAUUUUGAUAAUGGCAUAAAGUUGCUGCAGUAUAUUGCAGUCUCUCAGAUCCUUUUGCCAUGA